GACAAUGUAAAUUGAACGAGCCAUCAUAUAUAACUCAAGAAUUGUAUUAAAAAGUUGAAAAAGUUUCACUAAAGCUUAUUGCAAAAUUAAUUAUUUUAUUUAUUCUAAAUGGCUAGGCGUGAUAUAGCAUCAGCUUUGCAAAAAGUGCGUGCUUUUCUUUUAGGACGAGAAUACACUAAUGCUUUAAGAUUUGAAGAUGGCAUAGCAGCCCGUACACAGCCGCCGCCUGAAGUACCCGGGGGACCAGCACAUAUUUUAUCCGCCAAUUAUUAUUGUACACGAGAUGUCAGAAGACUUGUUGCUCCGCCUAUUAAUGUCGCACAUAUAGCUUUACCUGCACAUAAAGAGUCAUCGGUUGGUAAUACUCAUGACAUUAAUAUUUCAACGCCAGGCAAGGUGCACCAUUAUUAAUAAGUAUUGGUUCUGCAGAGUUUUCAAAGGUUAUCAUUAAAAUAGUAGCAAAAUGAUAGUUUACAACUCAAUAUUUUAGUUAAUAUAAUGAAUUCAUUAAAAAUCUUAAAUGAAAAACGAAAA